AUGGCCCUCAUACCUGAAGUUUCGCAGAAAUGGACCGACCUCAUCAGGGGAGCUUUUGAGGAGUUUCUCGAAGCCUAUCCGCUGUUGAACACAGUAUUCUAUUACUGGAAUUUCCAGAAUUUCCCUGUACAAAUCACUGGCAUACAAUCGACUGGUCAACGUAUUAUUGUGACGGAUUCACAGGAAUCAGUUCAUUUUGUUCGCUACAGGAAAGGGGAGAAUCAGUUGGUUAUUUUCUGUGAUGAUACUACCCCACGUUACGUUACCACAUGUUGUGUAUUGGAUUACAAUACAGUGGCCGUAGGCGAUAAAUUUGGAUCGAUAUCGAUUAUAUCAUUAGCGCUGUGCAUAACCUGGUGCUUAGCAGUAAGCAAUUUCGACACGUUUCCCGCUUUGGGGGAACCCGGAUGUCGGCGAUCGGGACACAGUGAACUAGAAAAUAGCGGCCAAGGGUUGCCAAUCUCGGUACUAAAUGAGGAAGUGCUCAGUGUGCAGCUGAGCAACCCAGUCCAGCAAUCGUACUGA